CCCCUGCAGUCAACAUUUAUGUCAAUUUUAUCUAAUGAUUCGUAAACACGCAACUUCACAACUUCGUCACUGAUUUUCUAAAACAUAGUUUUGGAUCUUCCAGUUUUCUAAUAUUCUUCAUAUUCUAUAGAAUUAGAAUCUAUUCUAAUUAAGUAGUUUUAGGAGUAACAGCCAGCCAUCAGGUCAUAAUGGCGUACUACAAAGGAGCUGCCAGCGAGGGUGGCCGAGCUAUGCAAUUGAUGAAAAAGCGAGAAAUCGCCCAACAGGAGAUAGAGUUCCGUAAGAAAAAGAUUGAGGAAGACCUGAAAGUUAGCAACAUCGAGAAUAAGUUUGCUACCCAUUACGAUGCCGUGGAACAACAGCUUAAAACUUCGACCAUCGGUCUGGUCACUCUCGAUGAGAUGAAACAGAAGCAAGAGGACAUUGUCCGAGAGCGCGAGAAGAAACUGGCCCAGAAGAAGGAGGAAAAAGAUCGUGAAAAACUCAAGGCCCUGGAAGCCAAGCAAGCCGAAAAAGAUCGUCAACGGAAGCAAAUUCAGGCCCUUUCAUUUAAUCCAGAUGAUGAUGAAGAGGAGGAUGAGGAUAUCGAAGAGGAGCCACUGGAAAUCAAACCCCGUAAAUGGCAAACGGAUGAAUGUACGGAACCAAAAAUCAAAAAAAUUAAGAAAAAUCCUGACGUGGAUACAUCCUUUCUGCCGGACCGAGAACGCGAAGAGAUGGACAACAAGUUACGGGAAGAACUACGUCAGGAAUGGGCAAUGAAGCAAGCAACACUUAAAGACCAGGAAAUACCCAUCACCUUCAGUUACUGGGACGGAUCUGGGCAUAGAAAGAGUGUCACCAUGAAGAAAGGCAAUUCAAUUUACCAGUUUUUACAGAAGUGUUUGGAAAUGUUGCGCAAAGAAUUCAGCGAACUGAAGACGGUAAUGGCCGAUCAACUAAUGUACGUCAAAGAAGAUUUGAUUCUGCCCCAUCACUAUACCUUCUAUGAUUUCAUAGUGACGAAGGCUCGUGGAAAGAGUGGUCCAUUAUUCAGUUUUGAUGUCAAAGACGAUAUCCGUAUGAUCAGCGAUGCCACAGUUGAAAAAGAAGAAUCUCACGCCGGAAAAGUAUUACUACGUUCGUGGUACGAGAGAAAUAAGCACAUCUUCCCUGCAUCUCGAUGGGAACCUUACGAUCCUACAAAGGUCUACGAUAAAUACACUAUCAAGGACAAGUGUAAGAAAUAAAUGUCAAUGAUAGUUAGUAUGGCAACGUAAAUUUUUAAAAUCCCUCACAUAUAUUUGUAAGUUCAAUUUACAAGCUUAUAGUUUGUUCAGAUUACUAGCUUUAACACUUGAUAUCAUAUUGAAUAAAAAUGAGAUGAUGUGUAAACUUCGACAUCAA